AUGGUCACCAUGAUCAGUAUCCGGAGGCCCAUUUCCCUCGUUGGAAUUGCGUUUGUCUUUAGCACUCUCGUUCUAUACAUCCUCGCACCAAACACCAUCCAGAGACACAAUUCAGCCACCUUCAGCUCGUCAUGGGGAACAAGUCGCUACAAUCCACCCGCCACCCAAAACACAUCCAUCACCAGCAUCAACGAUCAAAAGCUUCACGUCCUCCUCCCCGCCACCAGGAGCAACAUCCACCUCUGCAAGACGCUCCUCACCAUGGCCAUCCUAGGCUACCCCAACCCAACCAUUGUCGCAUGGGAAGACCAAGACCACGCAGACGGACUGCUCGGAGGAGGUUCGCACUUUGCAAAGAUCACCCGCACACUAGACUAUCUCAGUGAUCCCGAGCGUCGCAAGCAAGACGGCUUCGACGACGAGCUCGUCCUGAUGCUCGACGCCUACGACAUCUGGUUCCAGCUGCCUCCAGACGUGCUCCUGAGCCGCUACAGGGCCGUCCUCGAAGACGACCACGCCCGCGUCGCGCACCGCAUGGGCCGAGCCUAUGCCAACGAAGGCAUCAACUCGCAAGUCGUCUUUGGCGCAGGCAAACGCUGCGCGCCCAACCUCAUCACCUCCAUCGCCUGCUACCCCGUCCCGGAAUCGCCGCUGCCGGCCGACAUCUACGGCGGCAACACGGAUACCGCCGUCGGGACGAGUCCCUGGAGCAGCUUCCGCACGCGCUACCUCAACUCGGGCUACAUCAUGGGCCCCGUGGGCCAAGUCCGGCGCGUCCUGGAGAGGGCACUGGAGAAGCUGGAGGAGUGCCAGAACCGCAAGGCGGCGUCGUUUGACGACGGGUCGGGAAGGUCGGACAUGUGCUACCACGGCAGCGACCAGAGCAUCUUUGUCGAGAUGUUUGGCGAGCAGGAGUUUUACCGCGAAGUCAUGCGGCGGCAUCACCGCUCUCGCGUCGUCGACGACGUGCUGGAUAGAGUCGUUCCGGGACGAGCAGGGGCGAAUCCGCCUCCCACGCACGUCGAGCAGGUUCCCGUGAGAGACAUCCUCGAACCAGCCUUUACGCAUCAAGAGUACAACAAGACGCAUCUGCCCGAGAAGCCGUACGAGUUUGGCAUUGCGCUGGAUUACUGGAGCCUGCUGGGCCACCAGACGUCCAACGCGGUGACGGAUGCGCGGUACAUUCUGCAUGACAGGCGCGUAUCCCAGCAGGUCAAGAAGCUGAAGAAGUUCGACUGCGUGCCCAAGACGGAUGUGUUUGCCCUGCCGACGGAUUUGCCGGCCGAGCUGCCUCUGCCGUGGAUGGCGGGCAGCUGGCCUGAUUUAUGGGAGGCGAUGCCCUUGUACACGGAGGUGUGCAUCGGGACGGUGCCGGUCAUGAUCCAUCACAAUUCGGUGGAGAAGUGGCAGAGGGAGAGGCAGUGGAGCGAGACGUGGUGGUAUGGGCGGGCGAGGAUGCUGCUUGAGGAGAGGAGGAGGGAGGGCGCGGAGAUGCUGGUCAAGGGGUUGAGGACGGAUAGGGGGAGUGUGUUGAGGUGGGAGCACAUGUGUCCCAAGGCGGCGGAGAGCGAAUUGUUUGGAAACGAAAAGGUUUGA